AUGUCUAGCAUCCGAGAGGAUCUGGAGCAUGGCAGACUCACCAAGUCAUGUUUGGUGGGAGGCUCCGGCAGUGCCAUCAACGCGGAGGAGAAGGGCGCCAUUAAGGAGCGGCUGCUGCAACUCCUGAAGGCGGCCACUGAGGGCAGCCUCCCACACCUGCCUGAGCUCACGAUGGCCCGGUGGGUGGAUCAGGUGGUGCGGAAGCUGUGCCGCUUUGACUUCCCCCUGAACUGGGACGGGUUGGCGCGCUUCCUGCUGGCCGAGCUGCAGGCGCUGCGAGCGCGGGGGUUCAGUGAAGCCGCCUUGGGGGUGGUCUUGGUCCUGCACCAGGUGCUCAAGGAGCAAAGCACCAAGAGGCUGCUGUCCAGCCGCCGGGAGUUCCAUCAGCUGGGCGGCCUGCUGUUGGAGCCUUUGGGCGCUGUUUGGGCUCUGAAAAUGGAGCACCUGCAGCGUCUGAAGAACGGGUCUUUGGCAGACGAUCGGCUCUGGCGCUUGGGGCGACACCUGGAUGGGUCCUUUCUCUUGCUGCUGGCGCAAGGCUUCGCGCAUUUGCACGAGCACCCGUCAGGUCCGCAGAUGAUCCAAAUGGUGAAGGAGCAGGUCGAGUUUCUGCUGGCCCUGCUGCAGAGCCACUCGCAGCAGCUGAUCCAGUGUCCCUUCUUCUUGAAGAACUUGAAGUCUGUGCUGAAGUGGUGGGCUUUGCUCUUCCACGCGCACCCAUUAGCCUUCGCCCGCGCCAACGUGGCUUCGGUGCUUCAUGCCUCUGUGGAGGUCCUGCGGACGCUCACUGGCCUGCAAGUCCCGCAAGAGAUGCGCGCCUGGUUGGAAGCUGUGCUCAGGAGUCAGCUGCUGAUGAUUGCGCACGGCUUCAACACGGUCUCGUUUCGCAAGGGCCCGCAGCCGAACCAUCAGGGCCCUGCCUUGGAGGCCGCCAAUGCCUGCCACGGCCAAUUCGUGGAGUUCCUUCGUGGCCACCCAGUGGGGGAUUUGUGCGAGCUGGCGUGCUGCGCCGCGCUGCGCCUGCCGCAGGAUGAGGUGCAGGAGUGGCUUCAAGAUCCGGAGGAUCAGCUUUUGGGUCCGCAAUGUCAGACGGAGUUGCACCAAGCAGGCAGCUUCUGCAUCAAGGCUCUAGGUCAAGCACCCUUGGACGUGCCCAUGCUGGAGCCUGGGCCCCCA